CUGUUUGGCUGUGCGCCCAUUUUUGUUGAAGAGGUUUCCCUUCGUUGCGACGUUUCGAGUUCUGUUUGGCUGUGCGCCCAUUUUGUUGAAGGCUUCGAUUUCUGUUUGGCUGUGCGCCCAUUUUUGUUGAAGAGGUUUCCCUUCGUUGCGUCGUUUCGAGUUCUGUUUGGCUGUGCGCCCAUUUUGGUUGAAGAGGUUUCCCUUCGUUGCGUCGUUUCG